UCGUUGUGUCGCUUCCGGCGGGCGGUCACGCCCUUCCGGCGGGAAGAUGGCGGCGGCGGCGGCCCCGGGAGCGGCCGAGGGUCCCGCGUCGCUCCCGGUGCAGCCGCUGGAGCUCAAGAGCCAAUUCCGCACCCGCGAAGGCUCCUACCGGCUGCUGGGCCCCGAGCCCCGGCCCCGCGCCGGCCCCGCCGCCGCCCCCGGGCCCUCCCCACCCGCCACCGGCCCGGGCUCCGCCGCCGCCGCCGCCCCGGGCCCGGCCGCGCUGCCGCCGGUUCGCUUGUCCAUGGUGCGCUUGGCGCUGCCGCCCGCCGAGGAACCGGGGAGCCCGGCUGAGCGGAGCCGCGUCUGCUUCAACCUGGGCCGGGAGCUUUAUUUCUACGGAGGGGCCGGUUCCGGAGCCCGCGGGAACCGGAGGUCCCUGGACCUUCACAAACCCAUCGACAAGCGCAUCUACAAGGGGACGCAGCCCACCUGCCAUGACUUCAACCAGUUCUCCGCCGGCGCCGCCACCAUCCCGCUGCUCGUCGGCUUCUCCGCCGGCCAGGUGCAGCGCCUCGACCUCGUCAGGAAGGACGCCAGCAAGCUCUUCAACGAGGAGGUUUGUGUCCAAAAGUCCCGAUAUGUUCAAUAUAUUCAUCAAUUAUUAGGUUGAGGGAUCAAUCAGUUUCGUGACGGCACCAAAAAGGGAGGAGUG